CAAACAUGAAACGAUUUGUAUUUCAGUUUCACUUAUUUUUAUUUAUAAUGCUAUCUAAGACGAUGUGAAGUGGUUGCUGUCGUUGUUUUCUCGUCUUCCACUUCUUCCAGCAUUUCAACAGAAGUUUUUGCCAUGGCAUGCUGUGCAUUCAACGGUCACAUAUCAGAGAUACCGAACAUAUCCGUCGACAACUUCACUAACCGGAAUGUGCAAGCGUACUUCCUGAGUCACACUCACACGGACCACACACCGGGUUUGUACGAGCGCCGGUUCAUACAAACGUUGAAGACGAACGAUGCGGUGAUGUUUAUGUCGGAGAUGUCUGCCGCUGUGGUGAGAUAUGAGGUUCAAUGUAGAUUGAGAGACUGUGAUACUGAGGAGAUAUUUAAGAGAAUACGGAUUGUUGGAAUUGAAACGAUAGAAAUACAGCUAAAUGCCGACCCCAAACGGCGUCAGAGAGCGACCAAGUUAUAUGUAACCGCUGUGCCCGCUGCUCACAGUAUUGGAUCAGUCAUGUUCCUGUUCAAAACGGACUUCACCACUGUACUCUACACAGGUGACUUCAGAAUAAGCAUAAAUGACGUUCCAAAAUUCAACCAACUUCACGAUAACGGUACCCCCAUACCCAUAGACACUCUCUACGUCGACACAACUUUUUUAGACGACAGAUACACAACGUUCCCCAAGCGAUCCGUGAGUGUGGACGCGGCUUUACGCGAAAUGGAAUCCUGGCUGAAAAGAAACGGCCGAGUCGCCAUUAAAACGUCAGCGAAGUUCGGUUAUGAGUUUGUUUUUAAUGAGGUGUUUAAAAAGUUGGGGGUGAAAGUUUUUGUGGAGGAGGUUAGAUGGAAGGAGUUGUACAGCCGUCUCACCCACUUAGUUCCCGGUGUAACCAACGACCAAUCACCAGUCCACCUCUGCUGGCCAAAGAAUAGAAAAGACCACACUACAUGUACCCCAGACUCCACCGAUCAAAAAUAUCUGAACAUACACCUAUCUGCCCAGAAGUGGGCAUACUUUAACUCAGAGGAUAACCCAAUAUGUAAAGUUUCUGAUAAUGAAAUAGAUGUAUGUUUCAGUACGCACUGCAAUGUAUUUGCAUGGAAGAAGCCGAAGCCUGUUAAUUACACAAAAAUGUCGGCGAAUUUGGACAACCCAAACUUCAUAAGGGACCGUUUUAAAAACGAAAUAUACAAGCCAGCGAUGCCAACGAAGUUCCGGGAGCGGUUCAACAGGCCCUUCGCACCCGCUUGGAUGGACUACUGUGACCCCUACCACUGCAAUGACUAUCACAGGGCGGCUUGUGGUUUGAACAGAAGACAACGCGUGUUCAAAUGGUUCCAGAGCUUCUGCCACAUUAUACUGAACAACGAGUGCGCCGCAUUUAGAGGAAAUCUGAAGUACGACCUAAUCGCCCCGCAGUUCUGUGACGCUUUCGUGCUUCACGUCCGACAAGGUUGCCGGGAUUGCGAGCCGGACGGAGAAUUAGUGUGCGCUGUCAGUCUGGUCGACAACCAAGUGACAUUGUUCAGGGACCGAUGCGCGUUACAAUCUACCAACUGCGAGGCCAAGACGUUUGACGAAUAUGAAGAAGUGGACAUGGGUCUCUGCGAGUUUUACCUGAAGGAAAGGGCUCUCAAAAUAAGCAUGGGUGCUUAAGGAAUGUUUCUUUAAAUAGAAAUAAAAUUAUAAUUAUA